AUGGUGGAUUCCAUGCUGAAUCGUGUCCAAAUUAUCGGACGCAAACCUGUUUUUUUCUUGGUAAUCCUGGUGACGGCUAUAACAGCCAUCUCAUCCGUGCUCAUGACGAAUUUCACAGUAUUUCUAGUGCUCCGGACCAUCAACGGAAGCCUCAUGCCAUCAGUAUUCCAGUUGCCCUUCAUCAUACUAAUGGAAAUAGUUGGACCAUCGAUGCGAACCCACAUGAAUGGCAUUGCAAGUUCUGCAUGGACGAUCGGGUUGUGCGUCCUGCCUCUCAUUGCUUACGUCACCAGGCACUGGGUGACCUUGGGGUUGGCCACCUCUUCCGUCACUGUGCUCUUUUUCUUCUACUGGACCUUUCUCCCGGAGUCGCCCCGUUGGCUACUGUCACGUGAGAGAUAUGGUGAAGCAACUAAAAUUAUGAUGCGCAUUGCAGACGCAAAUGGUAAACCUCAAGAUCCCGUGGAGCUUCGACUAAAGCUACAGAAACUAGGCGAGCGAAUCAAGAAAGAGAAGAGUCUUGGUGAAGUGAGCAAUUCGUGCGCCGAUUUCCUCCGAUAUCCUAACUUGAGGAAGAAAUUCUUCAUCGUCACGUUCUGUUGGGUGGCUGAUGUGACGGCCUACUACGGCCUGCAGAUCAACGUGUCCCACUUGGCUGGGGAUCCUUUCCUCAACUUCUUCCUCCUCGCCCUGGUGGAAGUGCCAGGGCUCAUCUGCGGAUGGGCCUUCAUGGAAGGUCUGGGGCGCAGGUGGUGCUCCGUCUCCGCCCUUGCACUCACCGGAUUGGCCUGCCUCGUACCGGUCGUCGUUCCCGAAGGAAUUCCGUACGUGGCCGUGGUGUCCUCUCUAGUGGGCAAAUUCGGUUCUUCAGCAGCCUUCAUGGCAGUCUACCAACAAAGCUCCGAGCUCUAUCCAACCACCGUUCGAGCCAUCGGAAUGGGGGUCAGCGGAACUUUUGCCGGAUUAGCCAACAUCAUCGUGCCCUACAUUGUCUUCCUGGCAUUCAUCGGAAAGUACAUUCCGUUCUUGAUCAUGGGGCUGUUGUGUCUGCUAGCUGCUGUCGCUGCCAGCUUCCUACCAGAAACCCUGAACGAAAUUUUGCCGCAGACGAUAGGAGACGCUGAAGCCUUUGGAAAGGACCAAGUAUUCUUUUCUUGCAGCAAGAAGAGACGGCUACCCGACGCGAUGAGUGAAGUGACGCCAAAACUUCUCAACCCCGCUGAUUACUCAUAGUUCUCAUGUCAAGUACAAGUUCGUAACUUAAGCAUUGAUUUCCUAGGAGCGAAUCGCCGACCUUCGGCGUCGCUUAUCGCCGAGAGGAAAACUUGAUUCUUCUGCACAUGCGCGCCCGAGCUAAAUCGACGUCGUGAAUGGCCACGUCGGAAUCACUUGACUUUGAUUUCAGCGUCACGCCGAGAAGCGACGCCAAAGCUCGCUGAUUUCGCUUCUAGGAAACCAGAGCUGCAGACUAAACGCCCAUUUUCAUUUUAAGAGAAGGAAGCAUUUUUGUGAUUUUGUAAAUAUUUGAA